CAUGGAAUUCCAAAGGGGGGACCGAUUGAAAUCUGCUGGCUCAGGCGAUUGUUGCUGACGUGCUGACGGCCCCCGACCAAUGGCCGUGCCCCAGGGUUUCGGCGCGCUGGUGGCUCCCCAGUCGGUUUGGCAGGGAACCUCACGAUAGGGGACCUCUGUUGCGCAUCCCUCACCUUUUCAUCCCCUCCCCGCGCCCGCAACGCAACAAAGCCCACCACCAUCCAACCAACCUCUUGCUGCUCGAGAUGCUGCCCGUGUGGCUCCGUUCGAUGCAGCGGACGUUGAUCGUCCUGGCAGCUCUGCUCCUGGCCUGCGUGGUCUUGUGGACGCCGCUGCCGGGCACCUUGACGACACUCGUUCCAGGCUCGCAGCGGCUAGACGGCGAACAUGGGGACGCGGCGGCACGACCACCAUCACCAUCACCACCACCACCACCACCACCACCACCACCACCACCACCACCACCACCGUCGAAGGCCCGCUACCUCUCACCGGCGGAGCUGAUGGACCGCCCGCUCGCUCCGACCAUGCGCGCCAUCCCCAAGCUUUUCCACCAGAGCUGGUCGACGAACGAGCUGCCCAAGAAGUUUGCUGCCUGGUCGGAGCGGUGCCGGACGCUGCAUCCGGACUGGGAGUGGGUGCUCUGGACCGAUGACGACAAUGCCCGCCUGUUCGAGCGCUAUCUGCCCUGGCUCGUCGACACCUUCCAAAACCUCCCGGGCCCUAUCUACCAGGCCGACCUGUCUCGCAAUGCAUACAUGCUGUUGUUCGGCGGCCUCUACGCCGACCUGGACACCGACUGCCUCCUCCCCGUCGAGCAAAAUAUCUUGUCCACAUACGAGGUUCCCACGAUCCCCCAUAGCGAGGCAUCGGCGAUGGCGGAAGCGUCGGCACCGGACAGCGGCGCCAACCUCACCGCGUUCGUCGGCCGCAUGGGCACCGACGAGAACUUUGCCCACAGCAUCCCCAACGCAUGGAUGGCCUCGCCGCCGGGCCACCCUUUCUGGCACCUCAUGCUCAAGUGGACGCGCGAGCGCCUGGACCGCGAGAAGGACAGGGACGACCACGACAUCCCCGAGGCCCUCACGGGCCCCAUCGCGCUGCGCAACGGCGUCAUCGAGUACUCCAAGAGCGAGUACCACCCCAGCAACCCGACGAUCCCGGCAGCCCUCGACGGCAACGGCAAGCCGGCCGCCGCGCAACAGGACCCCGAGGCGCGCGCCAACGCGGUCUUCGACGCGGCCCUGCCGCAGCCCCACGAGGUCGUCGUCCUGCCCUUCCACCACAUCUACCCGUACAGCUGGGACCGCGACGGCAGCUUCGUCCGCGACGUGUGCUGGAGCCUGUCCAACGGCUUCAACGAGACGCGCUGCAAGGAACUGCUGGCCGUCGACCGCUGGCACAGCACCGCCAUCACGUACUGGAGCCACUCGUGGAACGACGACGGCCACAACACCGGGAACCUGGACAAGGUUUCAUAGAGCGGCGCUUUUCGCCGUCUGCGGCCACGGAGCGAUCUGCGCCUCGCAGAAGGGUAUGGGGCGGCCAACGAAAUAAUAUAUAGAGCUGGCAACUUGGACAUUUGAGAGC